AUGGGCAAGAUCGAGAACAACGAGAGGGUGAUCCUCAACGUGGGGGGGACCCGGCACGAAACCUACCGCAGCACGCUGAAGACCCUCCCGGGGACCCGCUUAGCUCUACUUGCCUCCGAGCCCCAGGGAGAUUAUUUGACUGGAGGCGAUGAGCAGCAGCCCUCGCCCCCUCCCCCGACGCCCCCCGCUCCGCCCCUGCCGCCAGGCUCAGCUGGAGGCUGUUUCGAGGGCAGCGCGAGCAACUGCAGCCCCCGGGGCGCCCACGGAGGCGGCGGCGGCCGCCACGAGUUCUUCUUCGACCGGCACCCUGGGGUCUUUGCCUACGUCCUCAACUACUAUCGCACCGGCAAGCUGCACUGCCCCGCCGACGUGUGCGGACCCCUGUUCGAGGAGGAGCUGGCCUUCUGGGGCAUCGAUGAGACCGACGUGGAGCCCUGCUGCUGGAUGACCUACAGGCAACACCGCGACGCGGAGGAGGCGCUCGACAUCUUUGAGACCCCAGACCUCAUCGGCGGCGGCGACCAAGGCGAUGACGAGGACCUGACUGCUAAGAGGCUGGGCAUCGAGGAGGUGGCUGGGGUGGGGGGCCCAGAUUGCAAAGCCGGCCGCUGGAAAAGGCUGCAGCCUCGGAUGUGGGCUCUCUUCGAGGAUCCCUACUCUUCUCGAGCCGCCAGGUUCAUUGCUUUUGCUUCUUUAUUCUUCAUUCUGGUUUCAAUCACAACCUUUUGCCUGGAGACCCAUGAGGCUUUCAAUACCAUCAUAAACAAGACAGAACCAGUGAUCAAUGGCACAAAAGUUGUUCUACAGUAUGAAAUUGAGACGGAUCCUGCCCUGACGUAUGUAGAAGGUGUGUGCGUGGUGUGGUUUACAUUUGAAUUUUUAGUGCGUAUUGUCUUUUCCCCAAAUAAACUUGAAUUCGUCAAAAAUCUGUUGAAUAUCAUUGACUUUGUGGCCAUCCUCCCUUUCUACCUGGAGGUGGGACUCAGUGGGCUCUCAUCCAAAGCUGCUAAAGAUGUGCUUGGCUUCCUCAGGGUGGUGAGGUUUGUCAGGAUUCUGAGAAUCUUUAAACUUACCCGCCAUUUUGUAGGGCUGAGGGUGCUUGGACACACUCUUCGAGCAAGCACUAAUGAAUUUUUGCUGCUGAUCAUCUUCCUGGCACUAGGAGUUUUGAUAUUUGCCACCAUGAUCUACUACGCUGAGAGAGUUGGGGCUCAGCCCAACGACCCGUCAGCUAGUGAGCACACGCAGUUUAAAAAUAUCCCCAUUGGAUUCUGGUGGGCUGUGGUGACCAUGACCACUUUGGGCUACGGGGAUAUGUACCCACAGACGUGGUCAGGGAUGUUAGUGGGGGCCCUGUGCGCUCUUGCCGGGGUGCUGACCAUCGCCAUGCCUGUGCCUGUCAUUGUCAACAAUUUUGGAAUGUACUACUCUUUGGCAAUGGCGAAGCAGAAACUCCCGAGGAAGCGAAAGAAGCACAUCCCUCCGGCUCCUCAGGCGAGCUCUCCGACCUUCUGCAAGAUGGACUUGAAUAUGGCCUGCAACAGCACCCAGGGAGAUCCGUGCCUGGGCAAAGACAAUCUCUUGCUGGACCAUACCCGAUCAGUGUUAUCAGGUGAAGACAGUGCAGGAAGUGAGCGGCCAUUGUCACCCCCUGAAAGGCUCCCAAUGAGACGCUCUAGUACCAGAGACAAAAACAGAAGAGGGGGAGCCUGUUUCCUACUGACUACAGGUGAUUACACGUGUGCUACUGAUGGAGGAAUCAGAAAAGGAUAUGAAAAAUCCCGAAGUUUAAACAACAUAGCGGGCUUGGCAGGCAAUGCUCUGAGACUCUCUCCAGUAACAUCACCCUACAGCUCACCUUGUCCUCUGAGACGCUCUCGAUCUCCCAUCCCAUCCAUCUUGUAA